GCAGAGAAACGUCGACCGCCGCCGGGGAAGCCACAUUUCCGGAACAAUGCAGCAAAUGCAUCGGGAGGAUUGCAAAGUCCCUUGGAUAUAACUGAGGAAGACACCCCAGCCGCCCGAGGAGAUUAGCCGUUGGGUCCCUUCCUCCCACCCAUGCCUGUGUCCCCCCCACAUGGCCAAUAUAUUCUCGUGGCGUCCUGCCUGGUCCAGAAGCCCCGUGCGAGCGCUGGGAUCCCCCUGAAAGACGAGGUUUUCUUUUGCAGGGACCUGGUCAUCCAAGCAAGACUGUUCACAACACAGCGCUGGAGUUUAAAUGCCCAUUUUUUCUCUCCAAGGUGCUGAAACGUGUGGGGGGUGGUUUCCUGUCCAGGGUCCUGAAUUCCCAGCGCCUCACCCGUCUAAGCUCAGCUGCCUCCUUCGCUUUCCCACGCCACCUCUAACUGCAAGGAUUGUAUACAAAAUUAGCAAAGAGGAAAUUUCCACCAUUUUAUUCAGUCUGGUAUUUGUUUAUUUUUUUUAUUUUGUUUGUUUCUAAGUGUCAAUUUAUUGUUUCUGACUCGUGGACUACAAAAUCCAUCCGAUCUGAAAAAAUGUGUAACCUCAAUGCACUUGGAGUCUACCUUUGGGAGACCAUAGUAUUCUUCAGCCUCGCCGCUUCCAAAGAAACUGGAGCAGCAGCCCGAUCCGCUCCUUCACUUAUGUCCCCUUCAGAUUUCCUGGAUAAACUGAUGGGAAGGACAUCAGGAUACGAUGCCAGAAUCAGGCCCAAUUUUAAAGGCCCUGCAGUGAAUGUCAGCUGCAAUAUUUUCAUCAACAGCUUUGGAUCUAUUGCAGAAACCACUAUGGAUUAUAGAGUGAAUAUUUUCUUACGGCAGCAAUGGAAUGACCCCCGGCUGUCAUACAAAGAGUAUCCAGAUGAUGCCCUUGAUUUGGACCCAUCCAUGUUGGACUCCAUCUGGAAGCCGGAUUUGUUCUUUGCUAAUGAGAAAGGGGCUCACUUUCACGAGAUCACCACAGAUAACAAACUCCUGCGCAUCUCCAAGAAUGGCGACGUCCUGUACAGCAUCAGGAUCACCUUGACGCUGGCUUGCCCCAUGGAUCUGAAGAACUUCCCCAUGGACGUCCAGACGUGUAUCAUGCAGUUAGAGAGCUUCGGCUACACAAUGAAUGAUCUGAUCUUUGAAUGGCAAGAGAAAGGAGCUGUGCAGGUUGCUGAUGAUCUAACCCUGCCUCAGUUCAUCCUAAAGGAAGAAAAGGACUUGCGCUACUGCACUAAGCAUUACAACACGGGCAAGUUCACCUGCAUAGAAGCCCGUUUCCAUCUGGAGCGACAGAUGGGCUACUACCUGAUCCAGAUGUACAUCCCCAGCCUGCUGAUUGUAAUUCUGUCCUGGAUCUCCUUCUGGAUCAACAUGGAUGCUGCACCUGCCCGAGUUGGUCUGGGUAUCACUACUGUGCUCACUAUGACCACGCAAAGCUCUGGUUCUCGAGCAUCUUUGCCCAAGGUAUCCUAUGUUAAGGCCAUUGACAUCUGGAUGGCUGUGUGCUUGCUGUUUGUGUUCUCAGCUCUUCUGGAGUAUGCUGCUGUCAACUUUGUGUCCCGGCAGCACAAAGAGCUACUCAGGUUCAGAAGAAGAAGAAGGCACCACAAGAGCCCUAUGUUUAAUAUAUUUCAGGAGGAUGAUACUGGAGAAGGCAGGUUCAACUUUUCAGCUUAUGGGAUGGGACCUGCCUGCCUGCAAGCCAAGGAUGGGAUCUCAGUCAAAGGAGCCAACAACAACAACACAGCAAACCCAGCCCCACCCCCGUCAAAGUCCUCUGACGAAAUGCGCAAGCUAUUUGUCCAGCGAGCCAAGAAAAUAGAUAAGAUCUCACGGAUCGGCUUCCCCAUGGCCUUCCUCAUCUUCAACAUUUUCUACUGGAUCAUCUACAAGAUUGUCCGAAGGGAAGAUGUACACAAGCCAUGA